CGGAGAAAGGAGAGACGCAGGCUGCGGUGACCCAAGCGGCCGCCCCUGCCUCAGGGACCCCAUCCCGGAGAAAGACGGCACCAUGACCCAGGGAAAGAUCUCCGUGGCUAACAAGACCCCCGGGACUGAGGGGCAGCAACAGGCAAAUGGAGAGAAGAAGGAGGCCCCAGCAGUGCCCUCAGCCCCACCCUCCUAUGAAGAGGCUACAUCUGGGGAAGGGCUGAAGGCAGGGGCUUUCCCCCCAGCUCCUAUGGCUGUGCCUCUCCAUCCCAGUUGGGCCUAUGUGGAUCCCAGCAGCAGCUCUAACUAUGAGAGCGGUUUCCCUGUCGGAGGCCUUGAACACUUUACCACCUUCAGUUGGGAUGACCAGAAAGUUCGUCGAGUCUUUAUCAGAAAGGUCUACACCAUCCUGCUGAUCCAGUUGCUGCUGACCUUGAGUGUCGUGGCUCUCUUUACCUUUUGUGACCCUGUCAAGAACUAUGUCCAGGCCAACCCAGGCUGGUACUGGGCAUCCUACGCUGUGUUCUUUGUGACCUACCUGACCUUGGCCUGCUGCUCUGGACCCAGGAGGUAUUUCCCCUGGAACCUGAUUCUCCUGACUGUCUUUACCCUGUCCAUGGCCUACCUCACUGGGAUGUUGUCCAGUUACUACAACACCACAUCUGUGCUGCUGUGCCUGGGCAUUACAGCCCUCGUCUGCCUCUCAGUCACCAUUUUCAGCUUCCAGACCAAGUUUGACUUCACUUCCUGUCAAGGUGUGCUCUUCGUGCUGCUCAUGACACUCUUCUUCAGUGGGCUCAUUCUGGCCAUCCUCCUGCCCUUCCAAUAUGUGCCCUGGCUCCACGCAGUGUACGCAGUGCUGGGAGCAGGUGUCUUUACGUUGUUCCUAGCAUUUGACACCCAGUUGCUGAUGGGUAAUCGCCGCCACUCGCUGAGUCCUGAGGAGUAUAUUUUUGGAGCCCUCAACAUUUACCUAGACAUCAUCUACAUCUUCACCUUCUUCCUGCAGAUAUUUGGUACCAACAGGGAUUGAGGAGCCCUCCCCAUCUUUGCUUCUGCCUAGUUCUCUGACCUUCCCUGUGCUCAUAUAAACCCAAAUAGAAAACUAGC